CCCUUCCUCCUUCCCCUGUGAACUACUGAUUAAGAGAACUUGUGGCUACAAUUACUGCAAAGAAAUGUACCUUAACGGUAAAAAUGUCUGUACACUAUGCUUAAUACUGUAAGCAGUAAACAGGGGCGGGUAUAAUUAUAUUUAGUAUCUAGCUAUUAAUAUUCGUUAGAUGGGCAUUCAUAUUACUGAAUAAGGGUUUUGGAAGGGUGUUGUAGUAAAUGUGGGUAUUUACAUAUUAACUUAGAUGAAAGAGUGUGACGUGAUGAACUCGGGGCUUACUCGACGACUGGGUCGAGGGGAACGAGUACCGUGAUAAAGAAGUCCGUUUACUCAAUCCGCCCCGGGUCCUCCUGCUCCUUCUUUCCAUCUCUAACAUGAUGGUCUUCCAGGCAUGGCGUAGCAGUAGAGAGACAAGACAGCCCAGACUUUCUGCCAGGAUUCAGAAGAGAAGAUGAAUGAGAACCAGUCACAAGGAUUUCCCGGUUCCUGAGCCUCACGUGAUAUCCUGGAUGGAACAAGAGGGAGAGCCACGUGUCCGGGAUUCCCAGGACUUGGGGGAAGCGGAGCUCCCAGGAGGCACCUGUGCAGCCGCCGGUGGAAGUGUGAGUGAGAACGAGGGAGAGACGCCCCAAGAGGGAGGCGCUGAGCCGCCGGGGCCCGUCUCUGAAAGCCUCAGGGAGGCUGUCUCGCAGAGCCCCGAUCCAGAGAAGAGUCAGAGCCGGCCAGAAAGGCAGCGGAGAAAGACCCCGGGCAAGAGGCUGGUUAAAUCCCCCACCCAGUGCGAGAAAGGCUUCCGGAAACUCAAGGACAUCCUGGUGCUGCAGCGAUCCCACUCCCGGCUGAGACCCACCAUCUGCAGCGAGUGCGGCAAAGGCUUCAGCCGGAGCUCCGACCUCAUCCGGCAUCAGAUCACCCACACCGGCGAGAAACCGUACACCUGUGCCGACUGCGGCAAAGGCUUCAGCCAGAACUCCAACCUGGUGACCCACCAGCGCAUCCACACCGGCGAGAAGCCCUACCAGUGCAGGGACUGCGAGAAACGCUUCAGCGAGAGCUCCGCCCUCAUCCAGCACCAGCGCACCCACACCGGCGAGAAGCCCUACAAGUGUGGGGAGUGCGGGAAGCGCUUCAGCGUCAGCUCCAACCUCAUCCGCCACCGCCGGACCCACACCGACGAGAAGCCCUACAUAUGCAUCGAAUGCGGCGAGAGCUUCCGCCACAAGUCGCAACUGAGACGGCACCAGAAGCUGCAUGUGGCAGUGAAUGGUGAUGAUCUUCAGCUCAGUAACGACCUGCCAUCAUUAGAGCAGAAAACUGACGACGGCAUCGUGAGCGAGAGCGAGGAGGAGCUUCAGCACGAGAUCAUCCAAACCGUCAUCCCCCACAGCCCGCUGGCCAAGAAGCCCAAGAAGAAGGCUCCCCAGAGAGCUGACGGGGGCAGUGCCAAAGCCCGGGGGCCGGAGAGCCCGGCAGGGCCACCCCCUGACUAUGGCGGCGAGUUGGUGGAGUUGGCUGGCGGGCAGGAGGAAGAGGGGGGGAUGGUGGUGCGGCACCGUGGUGCCACCGGCCGGCAACGGCCCUUCAUCUGUAACGAGUGCGGCAAGAGCUUCAGCCACUGGUCGAAGCUGCUGCGGCACCAGCGGACUCACACCGGCGAGCGGCCCAGCACCUGCAGCGAGUGCGGCAAAAGCUUCAGCCAGAACUCGCACCUGGUGCAGCACCGGCGCACCCACACCGGCGAGAAGCCCUACCGCUGCGGCGACUGCGGCAAGAGCUUCAGCUGGAGCUCCAACCUCAUCCAGCACCAGCGCAUCCACACCGGCGAGAAGCCCUACCAGUGCGGGGAGUGCGGCAAGAGCUUCACCCAGAGCAAGAACCUCAUCAAGCACCAGCGCACCCACUCGGGUGCCCGUCCCCACCGCUGCACCGAGUGUGGCCGUGGCUUCACCCAGAGCACCAACCUCCUCAAGCACCAGCGGCUCCACGCCGCCCGCCAGAGCCAGGCCUGCCCCGAGUGCGGCCAGGCCUUCCGCGAGAGCGCGGAGCUGGAGCGCCACCGGGCCGAAGCCCACGGGCACGAGCCCUUCAUCUGCGUGGAGUGCGGGGAGAGCUUUGCCAAGAGCGCCACGCUCAACCGGCACAAGAGGGUCCACAAGCCCCUUUUCGUGCGCUGAACGACGGGCGUGGAGUGGGGCCGUGCCCGUCACGUGACCGUGCGCGGCAUCAAGAUGCGCUCAGUGUGGUUCGGCACGUGGCUGGCUACAGCGUUGAUGCCUGCGAAGCAUGGCCAUGCCCGUCACGUGACCAGCCACAGCGUCGCCGAACGUGGGUGUCCACUGUAUUGAUGUGUGCUGAGCAGGGCCCUCCACCGUAUCAACACGUUGAGCAUGCCUGUGCCAUCCAUGAUGUUGCUGAGCAUGCCUGUGGCCUGUCAUGUGACCUUCCAUGAUGGCGAGUCACAUGGCCGUCUACGGCGUCACAUGGCCAUCCACUAGAUCGGGGCGGGUCGCGUGUGGCCGUCCAUGGUAUCAACAUUGUGGUCAAAGCCUUGGAAAGCAGACCUCAAAAAACUCACAGGGGACAGAGCUUACAGAUGUACAUAAGGUGGGGGGCAGGGACCAGGGUUGGGGAGGUGGGGGGGGGGAUGUUUAAGGUAGAAGCCAUAAUACUCAACAAGGCACCGUACAUCCUAGGGAAGCUAGCGUCUUGGGACAGGGGAGGGCGUCCUCUCCUGGGGGGUGACAUUAAAAGAUGGAUUGUGGAGGAGGAGGUGCAGUGUAGAAUAAAAUUCUGCUGUUUUGAGGGUGUAGAUUCUGUAUGGGUCAGGCUCGUUGGGAAGGAAAUGGUACCUUGGUUCCGUAUUUGGGGUCCUGCUCUGAGUGGGGGGCCCCAGGUAUUGUGCUAAUACCGAUAAUGGGGGUGGGGGAAUCGCUUGAAUUAAUUAAAGGUUCUUUGUCCCUUCUAA